CAUCAUAUAAUAUAAUUUAAACCAACUAAAUAAUUUGUUGAUAUAUACACAAUAUAUACAACCUUCUUCUCUUCCUCCCCUUUCAACUACCCCCCCAAAAAAAAACCUUUGCAAAACUUUGCAAAACUAACCUUUUUUCCUAUGGGGAGAAAGUGUUCACAUUGUGGCUAUAUUGGUCAUAAUUCAAGAACUUGUAGCACAUUAAAAUGUUCUAUUAGUGGUAGUAAUUUUAUUGGUGGAUUAAAACUUUUUGGAGUACAACUUGAUAUUGCUAAUUCUUCUUCUUCAUCAUCAUCAUCUUCUUCAUUUUCUAGCCAUAAUUUGAAGAAAAGUUUUAGUUUGGAUUGUUUGUCUUUAACAAAUAGCCAUAUCGGCCAUAGCCACUUAUCAUCAUCAUUAUCUCCUUCUCCAUCUAUUAAUGAAAGUUGUGAAAAGAGUACUACUUCUAUUAAUAAUAAUGGUUAUCUUUCUGAUGGUAUUGGUGUAGGGUGUGUUGGUGAAAGGAAGAAAGGAGCACCAUGGACAGAAGAUGAACAUAGAAAAUUCUUAAUUGGACUUGAAAAGUUAGGUAAAGGUGAUUGGAGAGGAAUAUCAAGAAAUUUUGUGACAACAAGGACACCAACACAAGUUGCAAGUCAUGCACAAAAAUAUUUUCUAAGACAAUCAAGUAUCAACAAAAAGAAAAGACGUUCAAGCCUUUUUGAUAUGGCAAGGAUCAACAACAAAUUUGAAGAUUGUCAAGAAAAUUCACAUUGGAUUUAUGGAUCACAAAAUUCUCAUCAAAAUGAAGUGCCAAAUAAUAAGUCCAUUUCUUCAAAUGGAAAUAUUGAUUUAGAGCUAAGUCUUUCAAAUAAUAUUGUGGAUAAAAAUAUUGGAUCAAUUAUAGUUACCUAACUUGUACUAAUUUGAUUACCUUGUUUAAUGAAAAGUAACUUUACUAA